AUGUUGGGGGAAAUCAAGGAACUGAGGGAAUCUCUAACGUUUUUCAACAGGCAGUAUGAAGAUUUAAAAUUGGCUUUGGACGAAAGGAAUACAUUAGUCGAUAACUUAAGAAGAGACAAUGAUAAGCUGAAUCUAGCAGUAGACAAAUUGACGCAUCGGCUCCACCUAGUUGAACAAAAUAUGAGAGACAGCAAUAUCGAAAUAAAUGGCAUUCCGGAACACAGACACGAGAACUUAAACAAUGUUGUUGAAGAACUCAUUAAAACUGUAGAUGCACCAGUAUCUGCUGAGGAGAUUAUUCAUGUAACACGGGUUUCUAAGCUGAGCAAAGACAGCAAGCGGCCACGUGUGUAA